AUGGCCAAAGAACAAGCCGUUUACUCGCACGGCCACGACAAGUCUGUAGUGCAAGACCAUGCGCGACGCACCGCUCAAGACUCGGCGGCGUUCUUGCUCCCACACAUCCGACCGACCGACACGAUCCUCGACGUCGGCUGCGGUCCCGGCACCAUCACGGCCGACCUGGCGGCGCUGGUACCGCAGGGCAAAGUGAUUGGCAGCGACGCGGUGGAAGGCGUGUUGACGCAAGCCCGACAAGUCGCCGCGGAGCGUGGCUUGACGAACGUGGCAUUCGAGACCGCCGAUGCCAACAGCCUGCCGUACCCGGACGACUCGUUCGACAUUGUCUACUGUCACCAGGUGCUCCAGCACGUCAAGGACCCCGUCGGCAUUCUGCGCGAGAUGCGCCGGGUCGCCAAACCGGGCGGACGCGUCGCCGCACGCGAGGCUGACUACAAGGCCUGGGCCUGGUAUCCCGAACUGCCCGAGAUCUCGCGUUGGGCCGACCUGUAUCAGAAAGUGGCAAAGUCCAACGGUGGCGAGCCCAACGCCGGCCGAUACUGUCAUGUCUGGGCCCGACAGGCCGGCUUCACCCCCCACGACAUAGACGCCAGCUGGGACUCCUGGCGAUAUACCGGUGAGAGGGUCCGCCACUUUUCUCUCAGCUGGACCGGGAGGAUCUUGCAGCCGGGGUUCGCGACCACCGCUGUCCGCGAGGGUUUCACCACCGACGAUGAGAUCAAGGCCAUCUCCGAGGCCUGGAGGUUCUGGGGCACCCAGGAAGAUGCCUUGAUGGUCAUCCCACAUGGCCAGAUCCUGUGUCGCAAGACAUAG